UAUUCCGCGGUAGCGUCGUCCCCAGCCCACCAAAUCUCGCCCAUGGUUUCCUCCUCCGCAUCCCCAGAGGAGGCCGACCCCGCGCGGCGCCGCGAGAAGAGGCGAAUGCGCGGCGGCGCGGAGGACUCACCGGAGCCCGGCGGCGCGGCGGCCUCGCUGGAUCACUGCUCAUCAAAAAAUUGUGAGGAAGACUUUGACGGACCAACAACUACAUUGGGAAAGUGGCAUCCAGGUGAAUCACAGAGACCUGAAAUUGAUGAUGCUCCCAUCUUCACUCCAACUGAAGAGGAAUUUAAGGAUGCAAUCGGGUACAUUGCUAGCAUUCGUCCACAAGCAGAAAAAUAUGGAAUUUGUCGUAUUAUUCCACCAUCUUCUUGGAGACCUCCAUGUCCUCUGAAGGAGAAGAAUUUCUGGGAAUCUAUGGAGUUCAAUACCCGAGUUCAACAAGUUGACAAGCUUCAAAACAGGGAGCCCACAAAAAAACGAACACAGCCUCGAGUUCAGAGGAAAAGAAAGAGAAGAAAGAGACUUAGGUUUGGGAUGACACACAGGCGUCCCAAUUCUAGGGCAGACUCGGAAGACAAGUUUGGCUUUCAAUCUGGUUCUGAUUUCACAUUAGAGGAGUUUCAUAAAUAUGCUGAUGAGUUCAAGCAGGAAUAUUUUGGAAUGAAAGGGAGUGAUGAAAUUUUUCUUUCUGAAAUUAAAAACCACAAAAAAAUAUGGGAACCAUCAGUGGAGGAAAUUGAGGGAGAAUAUUGGCGGAUAGUCAUAGGGUCUACUGAUGAAGUUGAGGUGGAUUAUGGUGCUGAUUUGGACACUGCAACGUUUGGUAGUGGGUUUGCUAAAUUAUCUUCAGAUGCAAAUAUGCAGGAUCCAUAUGAUGUAUCUUGUUGGAACUUGAAUAAUCUGCCACGGCAGCCUGGCUCUGUUAUCUCAUUUGAAAACGAGGAUAUAUCUGGUGUUGUAGUUCCAUGGCUUUAUGUAGGAAUGUGCUUCUCUUCAUUUUGCUGGCAUGUUGAAGACCAUUUUCUUUAUUCUCUGAAUUAUAUGCAUUUUGGUGAACCAAAAGUUUGGUAUGGUGUUCCCGGUUGUGAAGCAGUGAAGCUUGAAGAAUCUAUGAGAAAGAACUUACCAAAACUGUUUGAAGAACAGCCUGAUCUACUUCAUGAGCUGGUUACACAGUUAUCUCCAUCUGUUCUAAAAUCAGAAGGAGUUUCUGUUUACCGUGCUGUUCAGAAGCCAGGUGAAUUCGUUCUGACACUACCACGAGCAUACCAUUCUGGAUUCAACUCUGGUUUCAACUGUGCAGAGGCAGUAAAUGUUGCUCCUGUGGAUUGGCUGCCUCAUGGACAGUGUGCUGUUGAGCUCUAUAGAGAGCAGCACCGCAAGACAUCAAUAUCACAUGACAGGUUACUACUGAAGACUGCAAAAGCAGCUGUGAAACAACUUUGGAUGAACCUUUUUGAUUGCAAGAGUGGUGAGGGGAAAUACAGAUGGCUGAACACGUGUGGAAAAGAUGGAGUCCUGACAAGUGCAGUUAAGACAAGAGUUGAAAUGGAGGGUGCAGCAAGGGAGGUGAAUGGUAAUCUGAAAAGUAAGAAGAUGGACAAGGAUUAUGAUUGCACAGACCGGGAGUGCUUUUCAUGCUUCUAUGAUCUCCACUUGUCUGCUGUCAGUUGCCAGUGCUCACCAAACCGCUUUGCUUGCUUAAACCAUACAAACAUUCUUUGUUCAUGUGAAAUGGACAGGAAAAUUGCAUUCUUUCGACAUAGCAUGAAAGAGCUUAAUACUCUUGUACAAGCUUUGGAGGGUGAUCGGACUGCGGUGUGUCUUUGGGGACAGGACCACCUAGGCUUAGUUUGCCCAUCUGGUAAUGUGCAGAAGAGGAAGUUGGACUCAGGUAGCAUUACAGAAUUUUCUGGUUUGACGAAUGAUGUCAAUGCUGUUUCUGAAUUUGGUGGCAGUCAAGAUGGCUGCUAUGACCUUCAAAAGCCUGUUGGAUUCCACCAAGAGAAUGGAAUCCAGAAUAAUUGUCUUGAUCUCAACAUAGAAGAUCCACCAAGCAGUUCUAGAAUAAAAGAAGAGCGUGACAAGGAUAGGAUGUUUAUCAAUCAUGGGCCUCUACAGAAUACCGAUAGUCCAUUCAGAUUGACCUCAGAGUGCAGUUCAUCAUCAUCUUUGAAUUGUUCAUCCAGUUUAUUCUCUCCUACAAGAAAUCAAACCAGCAAUUCUGACCUAGCUUGGAACACUACUAAGAAACUAUUUGGUGCUGACAUUGAAAAUUUGGCCAAGCAUUCUGAUAGUCAGGUUAGUCAAAUGGUAAAAGUUUCGAACGGAUCUGAGAUUACAAAGGAGCCUGAACAAUCAAGAUUCUGCAAUAAUUCCUGUCCUGAUGAGGUCACACUCGACAGGCUGCCAAAGAAGGCUAAACUGCUAGAAGGAUAGCAGGAGGAGGAUCUGCAGAGAAAAUAGGCUGCUCUGCAGGAUGAGAUGAAGUAGAAUGUAGUUACAUAGGCCCUGCAUAGAUAAAACGUUUCAUGUAUUGCCUUAGAAUGCAUCCAUAGGAACCAUUAGACUGAACUAGGGUCACCAUUGAUUUUACAUUCUUGAGAUAGUCAAUUUAGAUUUACAGGAUCCCAGUUCAUUCCAACAGAUGGCAGGAUGGUUCGUUUAUCCCCUAAUUAGCCAGUUUCAUGGUAACCAAAUUAACAAGUUAUCUGUUUGUCUCAUCAAUAGUUUGCAUGUACAAGACAUUCAUCGCUGGAGAUCUGAAAGGAAAUGAAGAGAAGUUUUUUAAAUUGUAUGGUGUGUUACUUGUAACAUUUCUUGUCGAAUGAUCAGUUGUUUUUGCCAGGGCUUUUAGUGAAUGAGCUUCAUCUUUGCAACCGA